GUUGGUUUGUUUCCUCAGAAAUCAUUCACUUGCCAUAUAUUUCUCUCUCCCAGAGGCACUGUAAUAUUGGUCUCAAAGAUCACAUGCUAUAGAUGUGAAAAAUUGGGGAGAUGGACUGUUGUGAAAACCCGAUGGCAAUGGGUCGGGUUAUUUGCCCAAAGCCUCGUCGGCCCGGGCAAUCCAAUAUCAACUCUCCUGCCAUGGUGCCAUUGAGAUUUCACAUACGUAAUGAUGCUGAGUCGAAACCCGCGGCAGAAUUGCUUGGCCUGAUCCUUUGUAAGGAGGAUUUCAAAGCAGAGCGAUGUGCAACACCAUCAUCAUCUCCCCCUUUUCUUUUUGGAUCGCCUCCAUGCAGAACAGCAAAUCCUCUGGUUCAAGAUGCACAUUUCGGGGUUGAAAGGCUAACUAACAUGCACAGAACCCCAACUGAUUUAGCAUUGCCGCGAUCUCCUCAUGCCAGAGAACAGUUUGGGAAGAAACAAGCAACUGUAAGAGUGGUAGGUUUCCACUGCUAAUGAUCCUGUGUUGUUGCCCUGGCAUAGAAUUCAUUACCUGUACAUACAUAAGAAGUUUUGAUGUCUGGAAGCAUGCAAAAUUCAGAAAGCGGCUAGCAUUGACAAUCUCAAGAAUGUUGCAAAAUUGCGGAGAACAUCAUAUCAUAGGAAAUUCUAGUCGACAAUGUAAAUAGAUGAAUAACCCCAAUUUUCACCAUAGCUGACCAAAGGUUGGGGAAGUUGGAACAUUUUGACGCCCUUUCUAGUCGAGCGAAAUGUAAUUCUCUGAGAAAGAUUGUUGAGUUAAUUGGUGGUGCUCCUACUUUCCCCAGGAAUGUACUGUAAAGAGUAUAUUUGUAAAUAUCGUAAUUUUUGUCAAGCUUCAUUUGUCUUUC